CUUCCCUAAAUUUUUACAGGCUUUCUUUAAACAAAGCUGGCGCAUGGAAUUGGAUGGACGUUUCGCUUUCGGCCUUGUGAUGGCGACACCGGCUGGGCGCCGGCCGACGUGGAACCCCGGACCCCACGCUACGGGCAGCGGACAGGAAAGGCGGGAACUCAGAUUUGUCGUAUCAUAUCAUACGUGAAUGAGAGAGAGAGAAAGAGAGAGAGCCCUUCUGUUCCGUUCCUAAUCUGCAGAUGCUGUGCAGAGCAAGAGCUCUACUCAAAUGGAGAAACAUUUGAGUUGGGGUUUGUUUGUUUGUUCGUAUUUUGAUUUUUUCAAAGUAAUGGGUGAUGGGUGUUAGUGAAGAAAGGGACUCGCUCUUGUGUUGUUGCGGUAAAUGGGUCUGACCUGUUUCGGAGUAGAUAGAGGGCAGCCGCUGAGUAGAGACUAGAGAAGGGGGUGUUUCUAGAUCCCACUGUUCUUCAGCCGCUUCUGUUCUGUUCUGAAACAUUUUCUUUGUUUGUUUUAUAUAUGUAUUUAUGAUGACGACGAUGAUGAUGCUGAUGGGUGUUUGCUUUCUCGAGAUUUCGGUUUUUUACAAAAAUAGUCAGAUUCGUCCGAGAUGGACGGGUUUCAUUUCAGCUGAGAUAAAAGUUUGGAAUCGGUGACGAUACGAUUCUCUCUUUCUUUUCCGUGAAGAUUUGAGCUGGAAAAUUCGAGUUCUUCAAUUCCAGUUUUAAUUCAGACCUUGAACUUCGCUACUCUCUCUCCCUCUCUCUCUCUCUCUCUCUGAGCAUUUUGCGGAAAUUUUGAUUUUUGGGACCGAGUAUGGUUAUUCGAAUUUGCGUUUGGAGUUGGAGCUGCGAAACCAGAACGAACUCUCACUCUUAACUUCUUCGGCUUUUGAAGUUUUUCUGGGAUAAUUUGAUCGUUCAUUUUUGGUAGUUUCAGCGGCUACAAUAGUCAGUAGGGUUCUUAUCUUGAGGGGUGCGAGAAGAGGCGCAGUUUUUCAUCUGGCUUUGGUUUUUCUGCUUGGUUCAAUUACUGGGACGUCUUCGAAGUCAGCACAGAUACUUGGGUUGUCGUUUAUUCUUGAGUUUUUGCAUUAGAUCCCGGUUUGAGGUAUGUGUUCCCAUGAGUAAGAAAAACUUACAUUAUUCUCAAUUUAAGCAUGAAAAUCUCUGCACAGUUUGUGGUGUUCAUGAAGAUUCUGGUUUGGGUUUUCUGCUUUCAUUGUAACGUGAUGCUAUCCAAAGCAGGAAUGGUUAGACACAUAUCAAGUGAGUCUCCUUCCCCUUCUAACCCACCCAAAUACAGGAAUGGACUUGAGAAGCUCAUUUUGAGCAUUUUAUUAGGAGUAGUGACUGGAUUGAUCUGUGCAGUUCUUUUUGCUUGCCUAGUUAGAUUCUUCCGACAAUAUAUGAAUAGAACCCCCAUUCUCAAAGGACCUGUUGUGUUUUCCCCAAAAAUCGAACCCAAGACGCUCAGAUUGGUGCUGUCAAACGAAACCGUAGACCAAAACCAUCUGAUAGGAUCAAGCCUUAAUGGAAGGUACUACAAGACGGUUCUUGACAAUGGGCUUACAGUUGCAGUGAAGAGGCUUGAGCCAUUUGAAAAUGGUUCUCCAGAGGCUCGGAGCAGCUCAGUGAAGAGACGGUUGCAGCAGGAGCUCGAAAUGCUCGCUGGCUUGGGACACCGGAAUUUGAUGAGCCUACGGGCUUAUGUUCGGGAACCAGAUAGGAUUUCGUUGGUUUAUGAUUAUGCUCCCAAUGGGAGCCUUGAGGAUGCAAUGAAUAGAGUACGGGAAAAUCGAUUGCUGCUUGGCUGGGAAGUACGUCUUCGAAUUGCAGUUGGGAUUGUUAAAGGGCUUGAAUAUUUGCAUUUUGGCUGCUUCCCUCAAAUUCUGCACUGCAACUUAAAACCUACAAAUGUGAUGUUGGAUGCUGAGUUUGAACCUAGACUGGCAGAUUGUGGGUUGGGUAAGCUUAUUCCCAAUUUGAACAGAGCUGCAUCUGGGUAUAGUGCUCCUGAGUGUUUUCUCAGUUGCAGGUAUACUGAUAAGAGCGAUGUCUUCAGCUUUGGGGUAAUUCUGGGUGUGCUAUUGACUGGUAGAGACCCUAUGGAUCCAUUCUUCAGGGAAACAGCCAGUGGGGUGAGUUUGGGGCAAUGGCUACGGCAUUUGCAGCAAGCAGGGGAAGCUCGGGAGGCUCUGGACAAGAGCAUUCUCGGGGAAGAAGGAGAGGAAGAUGAGAUGCUUAUGGCAGUGAAGAUUGCUGUUGUGUGCCUAUCAGAUUCGUCUGCAGACCGACCCUCCAGCGAUGAGCUCGUUUCCAUGCUCACUCAACUCCACAGUUUCUAAAGCAAUCACAAGUAUCCCCUAUACUGUUGGGACUCCAGUCUUCCCCAGGUCUCCAAAUUUUGCAAAUUGGAUUUUUUUUUGGUUUUCCUUUUUAGCUUUCUAAGCCUUGGUCUUCUCAAGCCAUGUGCAGCGGGUGCUUAGUUUUCUCCAAUUUUUUGACCUGUAUGUGUACCCUACUCUAGUUUCGGGUGCUGUGUAGGUGACAAAAACCAAUCAUCCUGUGUAAAUUAAAUUGAUUAAAGAGAUGAUGUUGGUGGUGUUAAAGGUAAAAA